AUGGACAUUUCCGAGCACAAGGUCCCGCCCGCUGAAGUGACACCCAAGGACCUGAAGUCUGAAAAAGCGCAGUUCCUGUCCCAAUUCACCGCUGAAGAUGACCGGCGGAUCAUGCGAAAGGUGGACCGGCGCGUCCUGCUCCUCAUGGGCGUCAUGUACCUCCUCAAGCAGAUCGACUUUAGCAAUGCAGCGUCUGUCAAGGUCCUGCAAGUCGGAGAACCCAGCAACAUCAUGACUGAGCUGCACAUGUCCGCCAACGACUACAACUGGACACAGACCAUCUACUACAUCGGCCUCGUCCUCUUCGAAAUCCCCAGCAACCUGCUCCUCAAGCGUUUAACCCCCCACAAAUGGAUGACGCGCAUCUUCCUAACCUGGGGCCUCAUCGUCGCCUGCCACGCCGCCAUCCGCAACAAAGCCUCCUUCUACACCCUCCGCUUCCUCCUCGGCGCCCUCGAAGCAGGCUUCUUCCCCGGCCUCGCCGCGCAGAUGUGCGCCUGGUACCGCAGCGAGGAAUACAGCCGGCCCAUCAUGUGGAUGUUCGCAUUCCAGAACUGCUCCGGCAUCAUCGGCUCCCUCCUCGUCUACGGCAUCUCGUACAUGGACGGGAUUCGCGGGUUGAGCGCCUGGCGCUGGGUCUUCCUCCUCGAGGGAAUCGUGACAAUCGUCUUCUGUCCCGCCAUCUACUUCUUCUUACCGGACUACCCAAAAUCCCCUACGUCCUCGAAAUGGCUCUCCCCCGACGAACAGGAAUACCUCGAGCAGCGACUCAGCGACAACGCGCCCCGGGAAGCAGAUCCGGACUUCUCGCUCCCUGAGAUUAUAUCCGCCCUUAAAGAUCCGAAGAUGUACCUCUUCACGACAUGCCAGUUCCUGAUGAACAUCGCCGGGUAUGGACUUAGCUGGCAACUACCAACUAUAACAACAUCCCUCGGGUUCGCGAGUCUGCCGCGGAACCAACUGCUCAAUAUCCCGCCCGCCGCAGCAACGGUUAUCGGGAUCAUAAUUGCAGCGCGGUUCAUGCGGUACGCGGCCAUAACGCGGCCGCUGUUCUGCCAGAUCCUGAACGGCGUGACGCUGCUGUUCUUUGUUAUCCUGUGUAUCCCUGUGUCGGCUGGGGGGCGGUAUGCGGCGUGUGUGCUAGGGACGGCGUUCUACUUUGUGUACUUCAUUCCGUUCUGGGCGUGGAGGUCUGCUGGGUUGGUUGGGGCUACGGGUACGGCGUUUGCCAUUGCGCUGCAGACGGCCGUGGCGCAGAUUGGGGGUGUGAUUGCGCCGCAGGUGUUUCAGGGGGAAUAUGCGGCGGAUGAUUAUCGCGUGUCGUUUAUUGUUUGUGUGGCUUGUGUGGUUGGGGCGAUGGUGUCGGGGCAGGUGCUUUGGUAUUUGUCGCGGGAUGUAGAGAAGGACGUUCUACUUGUUAGACGACGGAGGAUUGCUGCGGACAAGGAGGGAGUAGUUUGGACUGGGGAGGAUGUGAAGGUGGAAAGUGCGAGAUAA